AUGCCGGCGCCAGCUCCCAGUUGGACACUCAAAGGCGUGUCCUUGACGCGAAAGGAGGCGUCUCUUCUGCAAUCCUGGGGAUGCCCGAGGGAAGUGCUCCAUGCCCUUGACUUUGUUGCCCAGAAUGCUGGGCCCGAAGAAUCCAGCCGAGAUGUCGAAGUUCUGGACAUGUUCUGCGGAGAGAAGGCGAUCUCUGGCCAUUGGAGCAAGCGCGGGAAAAAGGCGUCCGACUCCAAAUUCUUUUGCUUUUGGCUUUUUGCCCUUGGCGCGCGGGCUGUUUGCCAAGUCUGCGUAUAUGUGUGGCAGUCUGGAUUCCUGACCUUGCUAUUGAUGGUGCUGCAAAUGGCCCCUGAUGCGCUGGGCGUCAUUGGGUUGCCGUGCAUUACAUACAUAUUCAUGAACAGCUUCACUCAUGGGAGAACCAGUGACAAGCCCUACGGCAAUGAAUCAACUCGUGAAUAUGUCAAGCUGGCCAAUGUGCUAACAGUUCGCACUGUGAUCGUUAUCAUGAUCAUGUCUGUGAGGGCUGUAUAUUGGUUUGUGGAACAACCUGGAUCCAGCAAAGUGAUCCACUUCCCGGAGCUAAAGCAUUUGCAGAAGCUGAUAUGGGCGAGUGGAAUGAAAACCUACUUCCAACGGUUUUGGAUGGGAUCGUGGGGCGCACCUUCCCCGAAGUUGUCGAUGGGGAUUUCGUCGAUGCCAUACAUUGACGAGCUCAAGACGAAGCUGACCCAGUUUGAGAGGGCAAAGCUAUCCUCUAAGGGGAUUGCAAUUGUCAAGGUACUUCCUUGUGGAAAGAAAACUGUGUCAGGUGGCCCCGCCCUUCGCAAGACGCAAAUUUAUCCCUCUGGAUUUGCUUCGAAGCUCUAUGAUUUAAUCUCCAAGGUGAAGGCCUUCAUUGUUCUUGUUGGGGCUGUUCAAUCAUAUGGUAUAAAGAACAAAUUUACCCGGACCUGGGAUCAUUUAAAUCUGAAUGGUGAGAAACUUUGGAGUAGGAUCUCCCCGACAGGCAGAUUUGAUGGGCAUUGUUGCUUAGGCAAAAAAUAUUGCAGAUCAAAAUCAGUAAGCUGCGCCAAAUUUGCCCUUGCAGGCCAGACGUGGCUUAGAGCAUAA